AUGCUCAAUGAAGUGUAUGCCCCGAAGACCGUGGCGGACCUCGCGUGGAGUCGGCAGAAGUCCGUAGCUCUCUCUAGCUUCAUUCGCAGCGUUCGCGGCGGUACACACAGCGCUGCUGGCACGCAAGCACCUCGCAUUCUCCUCCUCUACGGUCCGCCCGGGAGUGGGAAGUUGGAGUCGUUGAAAGUGCUGUUGCAAGAGGAGGCCCCGACAGCUUUCACGUCACCGCCUGCGGGCAGAGUACUCGCAGCAUCGUUAUCCUCAUCCUCCCCCUCCUCUGCCUGCCCAUCUGCAACGGACUCGCCAACAUCCCUCAACAUCUUGCAUACGUGCGAGGCCACCGUGAGCACCUACGCGCAGUACCUGCAGCACGUCUUCUCACUGUGCAGUGGACAGCUUGUUGGCAGCACGCUCGAGCUGACGUCUUCGCUUACCGAUGCUAAUAGCGAAGUCGUGGACUUGUCCGGCGCCGCUACAGGGAUCAGAAGCCGCAGCAGCGGCACGCCUUUUCCCGCCUCUUCUGCACCCGUGCAUCACGCGCACAUCGUCAAGUUCUACAGCGAGCCCACUUCUCACCCGCUUCACCGAUGUACCCUUCUCUUUCUGCGGCAGUAUGAGGAGCUUCGCUCCCAGGCACUGCGGGAGGAGCAGCGGCAGCGUCAGGCUUUCGGCGCCUCUCAUCAGGCAAACACGCUGCUGGAUCACCUGCGUAGGAAUCUGAUCUUCUUCGUUCACACGACGCACGACAGCCACAACGACAAGCUAGACCUGUCCACCUCUUUCCCCUCCGCUGUGUUACAGAGCGGUGCCGUGGAGCUCUUCCACUGCACCCCAAUUACAGAAAUAAACCUGAAGAAACGGUUGAAGCAGAUUCUGGAUCGCGAGGCGUGUCGACGCGCGGCGAGGAGUCGCGCAAGACCCUCCUGCAUUCCAGAGGCCACAGAUGCGGACGCCUUUUUUCCCACCGGAGCAGCCGCCGUGGCGGGUUCCACUGGCAAAGCCCGACCGAACGUUGGCGGAGGUGCCGUGAAGAGGCGCAGGGGAGAGCUGAAAACAAAGACUGCGUUACCCAGCAAACGCGUCCCGUCGUUUACGGAUGUAUUGGGCCAAGGCACGUUGGAUGCCAUCGCCGCCGGAAGCCAGGGUGACAUCCGUCAAGCCUUCCUCCAAAUCCAGUGGGCGGCGCUCGUGCCUCCGGAAGCGGCCGAGGCGGAAGGGACCGUCACCGCAGCUGCAGCGGACCGAGUGUGGGCACGACUGCAGAAGCGUCGCGCGUUGGCGCGUUCCACUUCUGGAUACGUCGACGGUGUUGGUGCCACAUCUUCGCCUUUUCAAUUUAACAGCCACGAGAAGGAAGAAGCCAACCACGUCAACGGUAAAACCGGCAGCGACGACAACACAGUGCAACGAGAUGAUUCGGCGGCAAACGACGGUGACGAGGAGGUACUUUUCAUUUCGUCUUCAUCGUCUUCAUCAGAGCCGAGUGAUACGCCCCUCUCGGCAGAGGGUUCGGCAAAUGAGCCGACCUCAUCACAGGGUGACAGUCGCUCAGGCAAUCCAACGCCUGCCGCGCUGAAACGCUCUCGCUCUCCGCAGCCCGCCACCACACGCAUCUCCUCGGCCCCGCGCGUGACAGACAUGUUGUCGCUGUUGGACUCGCAGAUGGAUGACGUGCACCUGCCAUCCAUCAACACAUGCAGCGAGCGUGCGAGUAGGAAGAUGAAGAAGGAGUCGCACCACGCUUCUAAACGGUCUCGGAAUUCCACGCCUAUCGGCGACGCCUCCGCGGCUACCUCCACAAAGCCGGAGCAUCGCAGCGUUCUCCCGACCACACGUGACGAGUAUCUCGGGCUCUCCCACGCCACCGCCCGCCUCCUCACGCAGAAGUAUUCCGUCGACGAAGUCCUCGAUGUCCUCAACGUCCCUCCACGCAAAAUGUUGGACUACCUGACGAACAAUCAGGUGCGCUAUUUUGGCGAUGGCCAACUCCCGCAGUACGCGGCGUGCGCGGCGACAGCCAGCGAUGCCGACGCGUUGCGCACGUCAGAGUUUGGUGGCAGCGGUGCGAGCGCAGCCGCCCUGCGCGAGCGUCGCCAGCUCGCCGACCGCACCACUGCAGGCGAGAACGUCGGCAGCACCUCGCGUCUGCUCGACGUUAUUGCGCUGCAUUUGUUCUACCAGACGUACUUGACGGAGCAGACGGAGUUACACGCACCGCAUGGCUUCGCGGCACAGGAGCCGCCGCCGUUCUUGCGCUCCGCCUAUCCGCGCAUACGCGAUGUCGUAAGCUUCCUGUCUUCCGCAGCCGCUUCUACGCCGGGCAGCAACACAUCGGCAUUCGGGGAUCGGUUCCUUCCGCUGGAUGUGGUCGGCUUCAGCGAGCAGGAGUGGGUGCAGCGCUUUCUUAUUCGAUUGGACAGCGCCUCAGAUGCGCGAUCCGUGGCCUCUCCUCUCUCCGCCCUCAACACCCGUCGCCGUGGUGUGGGCACCACUACGGUUAAUGGAAGCAAAAGUAGAGCCGUCUCUGCCUCAAGCCCCCGCUUACAGCUGGAUGAGGUGGACAUCGUACGUGAGGGACUACCGGGUCUUCUGCACCGUUGUGGGUGCACGGAGGCGGUGGUGGUGGACUACUACGCCCUGGCCCCAUACAUUGUUCUCAGCCUCCCUCCCCCGGAAACGUGCGCCGUCGACCCGCCCCACUCGGCUGCACCCCCGCCGUCACCGGCCCCCUCGUCGACGUCCAUAAAGGCCCAUGCUGAGAAGGUCGACGCAAAGAUCGACUGGAUGGGAAAGCGAGAAGCUCCGCCUCCCUUUUCCACAACCUCGACGACGUCGGCAGCCGCCACCGCUUUCUGUUCCCCCGGGCCUCGACGCACAGUCUUCAAGUUUGCGGCGAAAUCCGCAGCCUCCGACUCCCUCAGCACGAACUGUGAGUCAACCGCUGCGCUGACGCCGCACAAGCAUCGUCGGUCCUUCUGCACCUUGCUUCAGCUGAGGAUUUUACAGCGCGGGCGAGACCGUGCGACAGCGACGCUGCGUGACGAUCACUUUUCGCUGGUGGACGAGGAAAUCACCUCGUCAGAGGGAGUGAUGGGUGACGAUGGUGGAGCGGAGGAGCGCUUAUGGAUCCCGGAAGGCGAGGACAUUGAGGAUGACUGA